UUUUUUUUCAAGACUCACAUUUUUAUUUUUAAAAAUUUAACACAGCAACCAAAAUGGCGGCUUGUCCACGGUGUUGUGCUGUGUCGAGCACAUUUAGCAACUAGAAAGUACCCCAUAAGGACCCAAGCUCUGACACUUCAAGCACACACUGUCGACAAUCUGAGGCAUCUUCUAUUGGCAUAUACUUCUUCAAUCUAGAAAAAUCUUAAAAGUCUUUAUAAAAACAUAAACAUUAUUUCUUGGCAUUUAGACCUGGAAGAAUAUACUUAAGGUAUUUAGGAACAAAAGAGUUGCAUAAAAAGUGACAAAUUCCUUGACAUUUUACCACCAAUUUUGGAGUAUUGAAUAAUUAUUAGUUAACUGUUGAGAAUCAAACAACAAUGUCAAGUCCUCAGUGGAAGCACUUCCAGCCGCUAACACAAGACAGUACAACACUUCCCUACCAGCAUUCACCUUCUUUCAGUAAGACUGCCAACAACCACAGCAACAACACCACUACAAGCACAUUAUCGGGUAGCCUUCGAGAGGCAGGCAUUGUGGAGAAACUUCUGCAUUCAUAUGGAUUCAUCCAGUGUUGUGAAAGACAAGCAAGGCUAUUUUUUCACUUUAGUCAGUUUUCUGGCAAAAUUGAACACUUGAAAAUAGGAGAUCCUGUAGAGUUUGAAAUGACUUAUGAUCGAAGAACUGGAAAGCCUAUUGCUAGUUCAGUGGGAAAAAUUGCAUCUGAAGCUAUCUCUGAUGAAGUGUUAAGUGAAUACAGAGUUUCUGGUUUUGUAACAACUGAAAUUAGUAAUGGAACUGAGGGCCGAGUAGCAUAUGAAAAUAGAGGUGAAUGCUUUUUUCUCCCAUAUACAAGAGAUGAUUUGGAAAUUACUAACCAGCUUUUGAAAGCAAAUGAUAAAGUCACUUUUCAAAUUGCAACUGACAAGAAAACUGGUAGCCUUCGUGCAAGAAAUGUUCAAUUAGAAAAGGCGCAACCAGAAAGAUACCGAGGGGUAGUAUGUGCUUUGAAAGAAACUUUUGGGUUCAUAGAAAGAGCUGAUGUAGUUAAGGAGAUAUUUUUCCAUUCAAGUGAAUGUAAAGACUUUAGAAACUUAGACUUGGGAACUGAUGUUGAGUUCAGUAUACAAACAAGGAAUAACAAAGAGGUAGCAGUGAACAUAAAUUGUUUGCCUCCAGGAACAGUUGUAUUUGAGGAUGUUGGUCUAGAAGAAGUGAUUGGUCGGGUUAUUAAUCCUAUUGAUCGUAGCCAGAGUCGACAACUCAAUGACCCAUUGUCAGGAAAAAUCCAAUAUUGUCAUGAGAACAGAGAUGUAGAUAUUCCAUUUGGUGAUAAGGAUCCCCGAGGAGACUUUACCUUGCAAAAAGGAGACUGGGUUCGGUUUAAGAUUGCUACAGACCGACGAGACAAUCUACAAAGGGCCACUAACAUUGAACUGCUUGAUGAAAGUUUCUUGGUAUCAGGAGAACAGAGAGAGCAGGGAAUAAUUACAACUUUGAAGGAAUCAUUUGGAUUCAUCAAAUGCCCUAACAGGGAAUCCCGUGUUUAUUUCCGCUUUUGUGAACUUUUGAAUCCAGAUAGUCCAGUUCAACUUCAGGAUGAAGUGGAAUUCACUGUAGUUAAAGAUCCUGUUUCUGCAGGGCGUUCACAUGCCAUCAGGAUUAAACAGCUUCCUCCUGGAACUGUUUGCUUCAAUUCUAUCUCAUCAGUAGGAGACUCUGUGACAGAACAGAAUAUCGGGAUUGUAGAAAAAAUAGCAACCAACUGUUCUAAGAGUCCAAGUAAAGGUGUGUUUGGAUCAGCAUCUACUGAUGGCAUUAUUUCUUUUCACAAGAAUGGGGAAAAAGAAAUAAUCCAUUACCAGAUAAAAGAUUGUGACUUUCAGAAUCAACCUAAGUCGGGAGACAAAGUGGAAUUCAUUAUCAGUACAUCUAAAGUGAACAACCAAAAGAUUGCCAGUGAUAUUAAAGUUGUAGGUCAACAAGUGAAGAAUGGCAUCAGAUACUCUCAACGUGGAUUUAUAGCAGCAUUGAAAGAUAGUUUUGGAUUCAUAGAAACUGAAGAUCAUGAAAAUGAAGUUUUCUUUCACUUCAGUGCUUUUGAUGGCAAUCCAUCUUUGCUGGAACUUGGUCAAGAGGUAGAGUAUGGGGUGAUACAGAAAGGUGGUAAACAGAGUGCAGAAUGUGUUCGUAAGCUUGCUUCAGGAUCAAUUCCCAGUGAAGAAAUUCAUCCAGAAGUUCUGAAUGGAGUUGUGUAUCGUACACUGCACUGUUUCAACCCUGACCAGGAAGAAUACUGUGGGCUCAUCUCUGUGAGUGAUGCAGUUGAAGAUGGAACUUUAGAACCACCUACCCUUUACCCUUUUGGAAUUACAAGCCUUUAUGAUAAACAUGACCUGCUUCAGAAUGGAGAUGUGGUACAAUUCCAGAUUGGUGUGAGUAAGACCACUGGUCAAGAGCGAGGAAUGAAUGUUAAAGCAAUUCGAACACGUUACCAGUCUGUUGUAGAAGCAAUUCGAGGAAGUUUUGGAUUUCUGGCUUAUGAAAUUGAGGAUGGAAAGAAACUAUUUUUUCACAUGUCUGAAGUCAAAGAUGGGGUGACUCUGCAGACGGGUGAUAAAGUGGAUUUUGUUAUCGUUCAUAACCAACGCACAGGAAAAUCUUCAGCUUGCAAUGUAUUAAAAACUGGUGAGAGCCAACCACGUCAAAGACCAGAACGUCUAAUAAGUCGACUGAGAACCAUGUCUGUAGAGGACUGUGGGCCCCGUGUCCUUGUUGUGAGACAGCCUAGAGGUCCUGAUGGAACUAAUGGAUUUAAUUUUUUCUGCAAGACAGCAGAUGACCAGCCACUUAUUCACAUCUCAACUGUGGGCAGUAGUCCAUCAAAUAGAACUAAUGCUUUGGUUAAACUAAUGCCAGAUGUUAUGAAUGGCCUUGGAUGUAAUGGUGCUGCUGAGAUACAUAAUAAUGAUGAACCUGCUGCUAAUUUAGUGACCUGUCAUUUGACAGAUUGAGAAGAAAAGGUUAUCUUUAUAUUGUUGGCAGAAGUUGACUUUGGUCAGUUUAAAUAAUUCCUGCAAAAGUAAGGUACUUACACCUUCAAAAGUUCAUGUUUCGGGCAGUAGCAGGAAAUUUGCAAGUAAAAUAAACAUACUAUGGCAUUAUUUAACCAGAGUAUUAUAGCUAAUGCCUCUGUCUUGCUGGUUUACAGUGCAAGGACUUUUAAGCAGCAAAUUGAUCAUGAUAUGUAAAAGUUGUAGCCUCUAUAGCUUUAUUUUGUGUUAUAUUUUAUAACUUUAAAAAAAAAGUGAUCCUAUUAUGUAACAUUAUGGAAAUUGAACCCAACGAUCCUCUGUUUCAAUGCAAGUAUCAUCAUUUAAUUGUUUCCUUUGUAAAAUUACUGCAGUGUCUUAUAAGACAAACAUCACGUUGCAUAUAUUGUUCAGUUUCUUAGUAAUCUCUUCUGAUAUUGAGUGUUGUGUAUUAUAUCCCUUGGGUAUCAUAAGAAAACGUCUUCAAUGGCUUCUUUCUUGGAAAAAUAAAUAUAUAUAUAUGUUUAUACAGUAUAUUAAACCUUUGGCAGUAAAAUAUUGCAGCCUUGUUUUAUUUUUCUUACUUUUAGUUUGACCAAAGUAUAAAGUCAUUUUGUUAUUUCAAAGUUAAUUAAGCUUAAAUCUGGGCUUCCCAAAGUGGUAAAAUCAUGAUUAUCACACUUAAAUUUUAUUACCAGUCAAAGCAGUUACGUUUUCUUAACAACCUCAAAAUACCUGUGAUAGUAUUUUAUUAUAAUGUUCUUCCAUAUACAGUGUUUUAUGGUUUGCAAAAAGGAAGGUGUUUUCUGAUAAAGAAUAACAAUACUUACAAUUCCUUUAUUAAUGCUAGUGUUUAAUGAGAAAGGUCAAAGUAGCUUGAAAAAAUUUGUUGGGGUUUUUGUUUCAGUCUGAAUUUCUGUGGAAGUAAUUAUGUGAAUGAUAUGCUUGGAUGCCAACUGAACUAUGUUCCAGUUUUGCAUUUAUUAAACAUUUUUUAUCAGUACGUGUUCAUGUUGUAUUGUGAACUUAAUUUAACAGCCAAAAUGUUUACAUAAGGUUCUCAGUUAUAAUGUAUUAUCAGAAACAUAUUUAUUGACAGAUGAACAAAUAUGGGUUACUAAAAAUGGCAGAAGUGUGUUAAAUAAUGUUUUGUAACAUAAUUGAUUUAUCUGCAUCUCUCAAACAAAUGUACAAUUGAAUCAGAAAAUAUUCUAGAAUAUAAAUCUUAUAUCCCCCCCAUGCCUAUUAGUAUGUCUUAUGUAAUUUAAAAUAAAAUAAAAACCAAAACAGACUGGUGUAGAAUUUGUCAGUCACAGGGCAAUUACUUUUAAAAACUGCUUUAAAAAUGAAUGUUUUAUAAAGAAAUUGACAAUAAAUUACAAAUAAAAAGACCUUUCAAACAGUUAUCAGUCAGUUUACUCAUAGGGUAGUUGAUAAACUCUGUAAAACUAAAUAUUUCAGAUAGGUUUGAUUUCAGUAGCUAGAAUGAUGAGUGCAGAAAAACAACAUAUUUAAGACCUAUGUAGGUUGAGAAGAAUGUUACAAGUACUGUAUGUUACUUGAGCACGUCACUUUAAAUUAAACUGAAUGGAAAGUUGACUAUUACACGAUAAUAAUAGUAUUUGUUUGAAAACAAAACUCCCAAGUAUUUCUUAUUGUAAUUUGUAAUUGCCGUAUUGAUGCUUUCUAGUAAAUAUUGUUGUAAUAAGGUGUGUUUUUGGUUAAGGCCUAGUCAUAUUUUAAUCCUAUUAUGCCCUUUGUACAGUUAAACACUUUACGUGGGACCUUGAAACCAUUGAAGACGUUCUGAGUGCUUGUUUAGCACAACACGCAUUGUGAUAUCUGUUAGGUAACCAUUAUAGGCAACAAAGAAAAUAAAACUCUGCUGUUAAAAUAUUCCUUUCACUGGAAAUAAUCUUGCUAGAAAGCAACAAUGAUAUAAAGGUUUUAAUUUGUAAAAAAAAAUCCCUCUAUAAUCUCAGUUUUGUGUAUACUUAUGAAAGUUGGAAAUGUUGCUCAUUUAAUGUAUGCAAGUGUUUUGAUGAGAUAAUGACAAUGAAAAUAAACUUCAGUUGAAAUACACAGAUAUUUGUGCUCUUA